GUCCCGGGCCGCCCGCCCGCCCCGCGCCGGUCCCCGGUCCCCGCCAUGAGCUCCACGCAGUUCAACAAGGGCCCGUCCUACGGGCUCUCGGCCGAGGUCAGGAACCGGCUCCUGUCCAAAUAUGACCCCCAGAAGGAAGCGGAACUCCGCAGCUGGAUUGAGGGACUCACGGGCCUCUCCAUCGGCCCUGACUUCCAGAAGGGUCUGAAGGAUGGGGUCAUCCUAUGCACACUCAUGAACAAGCUGCAGCCAGGCUCUGUCCCCAAGAUUAACCGCUCUAUGCAGAACUGGCACCAGCUGGAAAACCUCUCCAACUUCAUCAAGGCCAUGGUCAGCUACGGCAUGAACCCCGUGGACCUGUUCGAGGCCAAUGACCUGUUCGAGAGCGGGAAUAUGACGCAGGUCCAAGUGUCUCUGCUUGCGCUGGCGGGAAAGGCCAAGACCAAGGGGCUGCAGAGUGGUGUGGACAUCGGGGUCAAAUACUCAGAGAAACAGGAGCGGAAUUUUGAUGACGCCACCAUGAAGGCCGGCCAGUGCGUCAUUGGCCUGCAGAUGGGCACCAACAAGUGUGCCAGCCAGUCCGGCAUGACUGCCUAUGGCACCAGACGGCAUCUCUACGACCCUAAGAACCACAUCCUGCCUCCCAUGGACCACUGCACCAUCAGCCUCCAGAUGGGCACCAACAAGUGUGCCAGCCAGGUGGGCAUGACGGCUCCGGGGACCCGCAGGCACAUCUACGACACCAAGCUGGGCACCGACAAGUGCGACAACUCUUCCAUGUCCCUGCAGAUGGGCUACACGCAGGGCGCCAACCAGAGCGGCCAGGUCUUCGGGCUGGGGCGGCAGAUCUACGACCCCAAGUAUUGCCCACAGGGCCCAGCAGCCGACGGGGCUCCCGUGGAGGGUGAUGGCCCUGGCGAGGGCCCUGAGUACCUGGCCUACUGCCAGGAGGAGGCGGGGUACUGAGCACCCGAGGGUGCUGGCUCCCCGCAUCAGCAUCCCUGUGUGGGUUUCUUUCCUUUUCUUCUUCUGUGUUGUUUUGUUUUUUUGAAACUGGGCCUCACUUUGUGGCCCUCUCUGGUCUGGAACUCACAGCAAUCCUCCUGCCUCAGCUCCUGGGGGCUGGGAGGACAGGCCUGCGCUAUGCUCCCUCCCCACCCAUCAUGCCUUGCUUCCUUUCCAGGCUUGACCCACCCGGCAGGGAAAUUGGGGUCCUUGAUGGGGUAGCCAGGCUGUGGAUUUCCCAGCAGGCUGCGGGAGAGGCUGGCCCCAAGGAGUUUCCGGUUUCUUCAUCUCUUCAGUUUGUGGUUUGCGGACCAUCGAAAUUGCAGGCAGUUUCAGUGAAAGACAACAGGGGUUGUGUGUUUUGUUUGCCGCCCCCCUAAGGUGUGGGGUGCACCUGGGCCUUAACCACUGCGGGGUUCUGAGGGACUGCGUUUGUCCUCCCAAGGCCCUCAGACCUCACUCUCCCUUGCCCAGUGGGGAAACUGAGGCCCGGGACUGAGUGAGGCGAGGCCGCACCUGCUGCCCUCCGGGUUCCUCUGGGUUUCCGCCUCCCACCUCCUCCUGCUCUGGGCUGAUUAGCCGUGCCCGGCCCGCCCGGCCUCCGAAAGUGCCGCCCUGACCCGCGGGGGCCUCUGCGCCGCCAGAUAAUGUGAAAUAUGUGUGUGGACCAAAACCAAUAAAAACCUCCGUUUCUAA